GCACGAGCCCGGAAGCGGACGGGGGCGGUGGCGGAGGAGCCUCGGGUGGGCCGGGGUUGCUGCGCCGUCCUCCACUACUGGCUCCUGGCGCUGCAGCCAUGCAGCCCCCGCCCCCGGGCCCGCUGGGCGACUGCCUGCGGGACUGGGAGGAUCUACAGCAGGACUUCCAGAACAUCCAGGAGACCCAUCGGCUAUACCGUGUGAAGCUGGAGGAGCUGACCAAACUUCAGAACAAUUGCACCAGCUCCAUCACACGGCAGAAGAAGCGGCUCCAGGAACUGGCCCUCGCCCUGAAGAAAUGCAAACCCUCCCUCCUAGCAGAGGCUGAGGGAGCCGCGCAGGACCUGGAGAACCAGAUGAAAGAGCGCCAAGGCCUCUUCUUUGACAUGGAGGCCUAUUUGCCCAAGAAGAACGGAUUGUACCUGAGCCUGGUUCUGGGGAACGUCAACGUCACGCUCCUGAGCAAGCAGGCUAAGUUUGCCUACAAGGACGAGUAUGAGAAGUUCAAGCUCUACCUCACCAUCAUCCUCAUCCUCAUCUCCUUCACUUGCCGAUUCCUGCUCAACUCCAGGGUGACAGACGCUGCCUUCAACUUCCUGCUGGUCUGGUACUACUGCACCCUGACCAUCCGGGAGAGCAUCCUCAUCAACAACGGCUCCCGGAUCAAAGGCUGGUGGGUGUUCCAUCACUACGUGUCCACCUUCCUGUCAGGAGUCAUGCUGACGUGGCCCGAUGGUCUCAUGUACCAGAAAUUCCGGAACCAAUUCCUCUCCUUUUCCAUGUACCAGAGCUUCGUGCAGUUUCUCCAGUACUACUACCAGAGCGGCUGCCUCUACCGCCUGCGGGCGCUGGGCGAGCGGCACACCAUGGACCUCACUGUGGAGGGCUUCCAGUCCUGGAUGUGGCGGGGCCUCACCUUCCUGCUGCCUUUUCUUUUCUUUGGACACUUCUGGCAGCUUUUUAACGCGCUGACGUUGUUCAACCUGGCCCGGGACCCUCAGUGCAAGGAGUGGCAGGGUUGUGCACCAGAAGUUUCACAGUCAGCGGCACGGGAGCAAGAAGGAUUGAGGCUGGGCCUUCCCCUGCCGGCCCAGAGGGGCUUCUGUCCUAUGUGUUGUGGGAGGGGAUGGGAGGCACCCCUCGAGUGUGCGUGUAUCAGGGGGUCUCUUCUAUUCUCCCUUGGGUUUUAUGGGCUCUGUGGGCCCUGAAGGAAGACCUGGGCCCAGUGCCCUCAAUAAAGAGAGGCCCAGAGGUGGCCUGAGCGUGUGUGUUCUCCUGGGGGAGGGCAGGGCUGGGUGGCCCCACCACACGGGUUCCUGGGGUCUGAGUUAAGUUGAUCCAGGUGGAGGCCCCAGAUCUACUCACACAAUACCAAGCAAAUACAGAAAACAGAACUUUA